UGCGACGUAUAUUGUAGAGUCAGCACCUCGGGCUUAGUAUUCUAUCAUUUGUGCACGAUGUUUAGCCGCAACGCUGUGACAUAUUAAAAAUCCAUAUUAUCGACGAUUCCUUUAAUAGGAAGUGUUUUUGCACCCACCUCUUUCAGUAGCGACUAGCCAUUCAUUUCAGCCGCAAUUUGACUCUCUCUCUCUCUCUCUCUCUUUCUCACUCACUCACUCACUCCCUCUCCCCCUUCAAUCUCUCUCCCCCUCAUAUUUUUGCCCCUUACACGAACGGACUAGAAUGGCUCAGCUCACGUGGCUCCUAGCCCCUACUUUGAUUCGCCUUGCCCUUAUUAACUAGAAGAAAAAAAAAGGAUCGCCCUAACAAAUAUUCUUUCAGGUCCCCCCUCUUAGACGGAGCGAUCAAGUUCAGCUCUGGUUACGUGCGCCGGGACAGAGAGGAGGAGGAGGAGGGGGGUGGAGAGAGAGAGCGCGAGAGACUGCAAUAUCAUUUGUGAAUCGCUCAGAGUGCUGCAGAUACAGAUUGCUAACACAUGCAGUGCAAAUGCAGGUGAAGAAGAGACGCGCACACUGAGAAUAUGCAGGACUUGGGGAAAAGGCUCCAUUCUCGGGAUCCAAACUACAGGGCUUGUCGGAAUUACAGUUGUCACUCGUUGAACCCGGCAGCAACACUGUCCAGCAGCUGAUGGCAGUUUAUUUUUUUGGUUCUGCUUUUUGAAAUGCUGUUUUAUUCUUAAGUUACGGGAGGAACAUGCAUUUUGCCCUCUUGGAUGUUGUGUAGAUAGGCGACGGGACGCGCACACUGCACACUUUGCUGUCGUUAUCACUGCUACUGUGAGGUAAGAAGGCGCACUGUUUAAUAAAGUAGCAGUACUUUGGAUAUAAUGUCAUUUUUCAUUUCAUUUCUGUCUUGAUCGGACGGCGGAUCUGAACACGUUUAACCUAUUGCCUUGGCAUGCGAGACUGGAAUAUAACUGAAGGGGGAUCAUUUUUGGAGCUGGUUAGUUGAAAUAUACUUUAUACACACACACAUCCGUAGAAACUGAGCGCUGCAAAGCCCCGGACUUGGGAUAAAGUGAAUGUUUUUGGAGUGGAUGAACACAGCGGGUUAUGCAUGCGAAUACGGUGUGUAGAAGCAGAGAAACCAGAGCACAAAUCUCAGCCGCUGCAACAAGAAGAUCCCCCAAUCUCUCAAGAUAAUGUGUACAUUUCUUUCAGUAUAUAUGCAAGAUCAGCGUGAUAGGUUUACAAGAGAUUUCUUUUUUCCACUUUAACAAAAACGACAAGGAUUAUUUGGAUACAAGAUAUUUUUUUCUUUUUUUUCAGAGGGUGAAAGUCUGCAGCAUCUGAAAACCUAGACGCGAGGCUUUUAAAGUCACUGUUUUUUUUAAUUAACUGUCUAGUGAACGCGAAAAUAAAUUAACAAAAACGAGUGAACUGUAUAUCUUGUCACUGGAACUGAGAAUAUUAGAGACCCAAAAAGCAAAAGAAAGCGACAAUCCACAAGAAAGAGAGUACAAUAGCAGUUGCUGCGAACCAUGAGGACUAUUGGUGCAAUGGACUGCCUGCGCUCGUGGGUGCUUGUGCUGCAGCUCGUGCUGACUCAGGCGGCUGCGAAGCAAGUGCUUCGAUACCGGCUGGCGGAGGAGGGACCUGCCGAUGUCCGGAUAGGGAAUGUCGCCUCCGACCUGGGCAUCGUCGCCGGAUCCGGCGAGGUCACUUUUACCCUCGAGUCAGGAUCUGAAUAUUUUAAAAUUGACAACAUCACUGGAGAGCUGAGUACCAACGAGCGGCGCAUCGACAGGGAAAAGCUGCCUCAGUGCCAGAUGAUUUUUGACGAGAACGAGUGCUUCAUCGACUUCGAGGUGUCCGUCAUCGGGCCGUCCCAAAGCUGGGUGGACCUCUUCGAGGGCAAGGUUAUUAUUUUAGACAUCAAUGACAACACGCCCACAUUUCCUUCCCCGGUGCUCACUUUGUCCGUAGAGGAGAACCGGCCGAUUGGUACACUUUACCUUUUGCCCACCGCCACCGACAGAGACUUUGGCAGGAAUGGCAUCGAGAGGUACGAGCUCCUGCAGGACACCGGGGAGAGCUCUUUGAGCCCAAGCAGGAGAGGAGGAGGAGGCUCCAUCUCAGGUGGGGACAGUUUUCCUGCCAAAAGGCGAUUUGAAUCUGAAGGGGCCAGCAGAAGUAGUGUCUUUGAACUUCAGGUUGCUGACACCACAGAUGGAGAAAAGCAGCCCCAGCUCAUUGUCAAAGGGGCUUUGGACAGAGAGCAGAGGGACUCUUAUGAGCUGACACUUCGGGUGAGAGAUGGAGGGGAUCCUGCCAGGUCUUCACAAGCCAUCCUCCGAGUUCUGAUCACUGAUUUUAAUGACAACAGUCCUCGUUUUGAGAAAAGCGUGUAUGAAGCUGAUCUGCCUGAGAACAGCUCUCCUGGGACGCCUAUACUACAGAUAAAGGCCACAGAUGCUGACGUUGGUGUGAAUGGACAAAUUGAGUAUGUAUUCGGGGCUGCCACUGAAUCAGUUCGCAGGUUGCUGAGACUGGAUGAGAAUUCAGGCUGGCUAAGUGUUUUGCAUCGCAUUGACCGGGAAGAAGUCAGCCAGCUCCGGUUUUCUGUCACGGCACGAGACCGUGGUCAGCCCCCCAAAACAGAUAAAGCCACUGUUGUCUUGAACAUCAGGGAUGAAAACGACAAUGUUCCCAUCAUUGAUAUCAGAAAGAUAGGCAGGAUUCCACUGAAAGAUGGCAUCGCCAAUGUGGCAGAAGAUGUAGUGGUGGACACCCCUAUUGCAUUAGUGCAGGUGUCUGACAGAGACCAAGGGGAGAAUGGGGUGGUCACCUGUACGGUUGUCGGGGAUGUUCCAUUUCAGCUCAAGCCUGCUAGUGAAACAGAGGGUGAACAGAAUAAAAAGAAAUACUUUUUGCACACUUCAGCCCCACUGGACUAUGAAGCCACACAGGAGUACAACGUUGUCAUUGUGGCAGUGGACUCUGGAAGUCCAAGUUUAUCCAGCAAUAACUCAUUGAUUGUAAAGGUUGGGGAUACCAAUGAUAACCCCCCUGUCUUCAGUCAAAAUGUGGUGGAGGUGUCCUUUGCUGAAAACAAUGCCCCAGGUGAACGUGUUGCUACUGUAGUUGCAAUUGAUGCUGACAGUGGCAAAAAUGCAGAGAUUAUGUAUUCCCUAGACUCUUCCGUAUCUGGGAUAUUUUCUAUUGACCCAGAUUCUGGUGACAUCAUAGUCAAUACGGUUUUGGAUCGGGAGCAGACUGAGAGAUAUGAAUUUAAAGUGAUUGCCAAAGACAAAGGUACACCUAUCCUUCAGGGAUCUGCUACGGUUGUAGUGCUGGUUGCAGACAAAAAUGACAAUGAGCCCAAGUUCAUGCAGGACAUAUUUACCUUUUAUGUCAAGGAGAAUCUGCAGCCAAACAGUCCAGUUGGAAUGGUUACAGUAAUGGAUGCUGACAAGGGUCACAAUGCUGAAAUGAGUCUCUUCAUUGAGGAAGAGGAUGAUAUUUUUUCUAUUGAAAAUGACACUGGAACAAUUUACUCCACCAUGUCCUUUGAUCAGGAGCAAAAAUCUACCUACAUGUUUCGAGUGAAGGCAGUCGAUGGUGGGCUUCCCUCCCGGUCCGCUACAGCCACAGUGUCUUUGUUUGUAAUGGAUGAAAAUGACAAUCCUCCUACUGUUACCUUCCCAAGUAACAAUUCAUACACCCUGUUAUCCCCAUCAAGCAAUGUCAGGACAGUUGUGGCUACCGUAUUAGCAACUGAUAGUGACACCGGCAUCAAUGCUGUUUUGAACUACAGCAUAGUUGGUGGGAAUCCCUUCAAACUGUUUGAGAUAGAUGCAGCCAGCGGGGUCAUUUCUUUGGUGGGGAAGCUGGCCCAAAAGCACUAUGGGCUACAUCGACUUGUUGUACAAGUAAAUGACAGUGGCCAGCCAUCACAGUCAACUACUUCUCUAGUCCAUGUCUAUGUGAAUGAGAGCAUCUCCAAUUCGUCAAUUGUGGAGGCUCAGAUAUCAAGGAGUCUGCACACACCUCUUGCACAAGACAUAGCAGGUGAUCCAAAUUACGAUUUUGGGAAACAACGACUCAGUAUUGUUAUUGGGGUGGUGGCGGGCAUUAUGACUGUCAUCCUGAUUAUUCUGAUUGUGGUAAUGGCCCGCUAUUGUAGACCAAAGAACAAAAAUGGAUAUGAAGCUGGCAAGAAGGAUCACGAGGACUUCUUCACACCACAGCAGCACGAUAAAAGCAAAAAGCCUAAGAAGGACAAAAAAAAUAAAAAAUCAAAGCAACCGUUAUACAGCAGCAUUGUCACGGUUGAAGCAUCAAAGCCAAAUGGACAGCGCUAUGAUAGUGUCAAUGAAAAGUUAUCUGACAGCCCUGGUAUGGGCCGAUAUCGGUCAGUAAAUGGAGGACCAGGAAGCCCAGACCUGGCGAGACAUUACAAAUCAAGUUCACCACUGCCCACUGUUCAGCUUCACCCACAGUCACCAACUGCUGGGAAAAAGCACCAGGCUGUACAGGAGCUUCCUCCUGCCAACACUUUUGUUGGGACAGGAGAUAACAUUUCCAUCGGAUCUGACCACUGUUCCGAGUACAGCUGUCAAACCAACAACAAGUACAACAAACAGCCAUUUCGCAGAGUGACGUUUUCUGUGGUGAGCCAGCCUCAGGACCCCCAUCAGGGAUCAUUGCAGAGUUGCUAUGAUAGUGGAUUGGAAGAAUCAGAGACGCCCAGCAGUAAGAGCUCGUCAGGUCCCAGAUUGGGUGCCCUUCCACUCCCAGAGGACAACUAUGAGAGGACUACGCCGGAUGGCAGUGUUGGUGAGGCAGAGCAUAUGGAAAAUGAUUCAAGGCCACUGCCAGACGUCGCCAUGACAGGAAAAUGUACGAGGGAAUGUGAUGAGUACGGUCACUCUGACUCCUGCUGGAUGCCUGUGCGAACAUCCCCUGAAAGGCGACAGAAGAAUCCGCCAAAGCUCUCCACUUUUAUGCCUACAACUGAACAAGGCAGCCAGGAAAAACUUGCCAAUGGAGACCCUCCUCUGAUGGGCGAUCGCAACAGAAACCUCCUAAAUAAAAAGAUGGCGUCAUCUUAUGAGACCUUCAGUGCAGCUAGCUUUGGCAAAAAUGAGGAUUCGAACCCUGAAGACAUCCCCCUUACACAAACAGGAGACUACAAACCAUCCCCAGUCAGCACUCUAACCAGAAGAGAAGUUUAUCUGUAAGAUGCAAAAUAUGUCAUAAUGCUGAAAUUUUAGAAAUGGAUAAACAUGACUAACCAUGUAGAAUAAGUUCAAACAUUAGCAGAGAGAGGGAGCUACUGAUGAGACAAGGCUCAAAAUUUGGAAUUUUCUGCUGAAAAGCCAGGCUUUCAAAUAUGUACCGGCUGAUUAUUUUGUACAAAGUAGAAUUCAUUUCAUGACUGCAUGCCUAAUGUCCAUGACAGAGCUUAUUGUAAACUAAAGACUGACUAUCAGUCUGUCGAAAUGAUCGAUUAAUACAGAGUGCAGAUUUUACAAAAGUGUGAGCCAACAAGGUUUUUUUUUUUUUUUCUUUCUUUUUCCCCCCAAUGUUAGCUAGUUGGAUGUCGGUGGCAGGACCGUAACCCCUAUUGAUGAGAAUCAAAAGUAAACAAGAAUGAUUGGCAAAGAAGAAAAAAUGCAUACAUACCAACAUGUUCAUUAAUACAGUUUUACAUUUUAUAAGACAUCUACAAAAAACACAGCUUUAAUGUAACUGCCCAAAGCAUAGUAUUUGAAAACAAAUUGCUCCUUGAUAAUUUUGUCAUUUGUAAUGAGACCAUGGCACUGGUCUUUCUUAUGAAGCCUUUAAACUGUAGGCCAUUAAAGAAGCAUUGCCUUCAACACUGUCUCUACACACACACCGUGUAUUUAUAUAUAUGAACUUUGGAAGGGAACUGGAUCAUAUGCAAAAAAAUGCAAGCUUAUGAGCCAAUUCCAAUCAAUAUUUGCUAGUUUUCACUAAUUAAAACAAGGAGAUCAUGUACAUAUCAGUUGACUCUUCAGGCAUAAACGGCUGACAUGAUUCUAAUUGGACUCCCUAUGGGAACUUUUUUUUUUUUAACAUUUAUGACAUAAAUAAAAGAAAAUGCCUCAUCAGUCUCAUCAAGGUAAGAUGAUAAAGAAUAUACUGUUUUUUAAUAGCUGCAUGAAGAUUAAUCUAGAAGAUGGAUGAACACAACUGCAAUGUGAACACUCUUUGUGAGCACAUUCACAAGAUUCACAGAGGAAAUCCAUUGUACUUUCAAAUGUUUUGUUCAUAUAUACUGUAUGAGCUGGGAUGAAGUUUACAGACUUGGAAUUUUCAUCCUAUAAGCAUGUAGAAGUGCAUAUGUGCUGGGAAUACACAAACAGAAUGGCUGGCUUAAGCCCUGCAUUACCAUUUUAUCUAGGCAACAGUGAAAAAAGCAAAAAAAAAAAAAAAACUAAGGAAAAAAGAAAAAUAAAA